AUGUACACCGACGUGUACGAGUGCGGCGGCGGCCUGCUGCUCGUGGUGGGGCAGGGCGUGGAGGCGCUGUGCAUCUCGGAGCGCGACCUGCUGGCGCCGGCCACUCUCCAGCAGCUGGAGCUGUUCGCGUGCCAGCAGUUGGCCGCCGCGGCCGCCGGCUGCUGCUGGGGCCACUCGGCGGCCGGCGUGGGCGUGGCCUCCGCACCGGCGCAUGCGCAGUGCCCGCCGGUGCCCCGGCCCUGGCGCCCCCGCGCGCCCACGCCGCCUCCACAACGCCACCUGUGCUGCCCGCCGCCGCCCCCACCUCCACCGCCACCAGCACCCUACGGCGUGGUUGGCAGCCCGGCGCGGCCCGUCCAACAGCAGCAGCCGCCAUCCGUCCUUGCUACGAAACACGAUUUUAGUUCGGCCGUGCGUCGCCUCGCGGCUUUCCUGGGGCCGGACAGCCCGCCGAUACAUGAGCCAGACCUGCGUGCGCUGCUGCAGCAGCCGCGGCUGUUGGAGCCACCACCCACCUCUUCGCACGUUCGUCGGUAG